UCCCGAGCGCGAGCGCGGCCGCCGCACCGGCCACCGGCGGGGCGAGAUGACGUCACAGCGGCGGGACGCACGCAGGCGGAGCGGCGCGGCGCGGAGGCGAGGCUAUGACGACUUCAUGGGGUCAUCCAAGAAUGGGAUAAGCGAAUCUGUUGAUGCGGAGGAAAGUUAUAACAUGAUGGCUUCCUUCCAUCGUUCUAACAGCCACGACAAGGUCAGGAAAAUUGUGGCCGAGGAGGGCCGGACCGCAAGGAAUCUGAUUGCGUGGAGCGUGCCCCUGGAGAGCAAAGAGGAGGACGGAAAGCCUAAAUGGCAAAUUGGAGGAAAAUCCAAGAGAAUAACCCAGGGAGCUCACAAAACUACUAAGCAGAACACUACGUCAGCUGCCGGCGAGAAAAACUUUGACAAAAGCCCCACCAAAACCAGGCAGCCUCGGAAAGUCGACCUGCGGGCACGUUACUGGGCCUUCCUUUUCGACAACCUGCGACGCGCGGUUGACGAAAUAUAUGUCACUUGUGAAUCGGAUCAGAGCGUGGUCGAAUGUAAGGAGGUGCUGAUGAUGCUAGAUAAUUAUGUAAGGGAUUUCAAGGCUUUGAUUGAUUGGAUACAGCUGCAGGAAAAACUCGAGAAGACGGACGCCCAAAGCAGACCUACUUCCCUGGCCUGGGAAGUAAAGAAGAUGUCUCCGGGACGCCAUGUAAUUCCAAGCCCGUCCACUGACCGAAUCAAUGUAACGUCCAAUGCUCGCAGAAGUCUAAAUUUUGGAACUCCUGCCGUAGCAGUGACUUCAAAUCGCCUGGCCCCGUCGGGGGUCAGCUGGGCAGACAAAGUGAGGGCGACCCAUACGGCCGCAGCUCCCGCUUCAGAGGCAGCAGCGAGGCCAACGUCUGCGCCAACCCAAGCGCCAAAGCCUUCGCGGAGAAAUGAACGGAAGGACGCCGAAGGUUGGGAAACAGUCCAGCGCGGAAGGCUGGUGAGAUCCAAAUCUUCCGCCUCGGCGAUAAAAGCAGCCUCAGCCACGGAACUGUCAAGGUUGCAAGAUGACAGCAACAAAGAGAACGUUGUCCUCCGGCUGGCAGACAGCAAGCAGAAGGGCCCGUUGGCCGAAGACGCUGUCUCUAAAAACGUGGAGCCCAUCCUGAAAGAGCCGUGCUCUCUGUGUGAACACCCUCUUGCUGAGAGGACUCAAUUCGCAGGCCGUGUUCUAGAGGACAUCAUGAUCUCUGGCAACAAAGGCACACCAGAGGGUUCCCUGCAGUCAUCUUCUGAGGUGCCCGUGGUUCUCAUCAACGCCGAACACAUUGCAAAGAAUGCUCAGGCGGACGCGGUCGUCUCUGCUGCUUCCACUAGUGGAGAGGAGACUCGGACAGAGAAAAAUAAGAUGGAGAAUGACAUGGACGCUGCUGAUAUUUCCAACUCUAUGGCAGAGGUCCUCGCAAAAAAAGAGGAGUUGGCCGAUCGCCUGGAGAAGGCCAACGAAGAAGCCAUUGCGAGUGCCAUCGCCGAGGAAGAACAGCUGACCCGAGAGAUCGAAGCCGAGGAAAACAACGACAUCGAGACGGACAAUGACAGCGACUUCUCUGCCAGCAUGGGCAGCGGGACCAUCUCUUUCUGCGGCAUCUCCAUGGACUGGAACGACGUUUUGGCAGAUUACGAAGCUCGUGAGUCGUGGCGCCAGAAUAACUCUUGGGGUGACAUAGUCGAAGAAGAACCUUCUCGUCCACCUGGCCACGGAAUACACAUGCACGAGAAACUCUCCUCGCCCUCUCGCAAGAGGACGAUAGCAGAAUCGAAAAAGAAACACGAAGAGAAACAGAUGAAGGCUCAGCAGCUAAGAGAGAAGUUGCGCGAAGAGAAAACGCUGAAGCUUCAGAAAUUAAUGGAGCGGGAAAAAGACGUCCGGAAAUGGAAGGAGGAAUUAUUGGAUCAGAGGCGGAGAAUGAUGGAAGAGAAACUUCUCCAUGCUGAAUUUAAGCGAGAGGUGCAGUUGCAGGCGAUUGUGAAGAAAGCCCAAGAGGAAGAAGCGAAGGUCAACGAAAUCGCAUUCAUAAAUACUUUAGAAGCCCAGAAUAAGCGCCACGACGUUCUGUCCAAGCUCAAAGAGUACGAGCAGAGGCUGAACGAGCUGCAGGAAGAGCGCCAGCGGCGGCAGGAAGAGAAGCAAGCGCGGGACGAGGCCGUUCAGGAACGUAAAAGAGCUUUGGAAGCAGAACGGCAAGCCCGGGUGGAAGAGCUGCUAAUGAGAAGAAAAGAGCAAGAAGCUCGGAUUGAGCAGCAGCGCCAGGAAAAGGAGAGGGCCCGAGAAGACGCGGCUCGAGAAAGGGCCAGAGAUCGAGAGGAGAGGCUCGCUGCUCUGACCGCAGCCCAACAGGAAGCCAUGGAAGAACUGCAGAAGAAGAUUCAGCUGAAGCACGAUGAGAGCAUACGGAGGCACAUGGAGCAGAUAGAGCAGAGAAAAGAAAAGGCUGCUGAACUGAGCAGCGGAAGACACGCAAAUACCGACUAUGCCCCGAAACUGACACCAUACGAGCGAAAAAAGCAGUGUUCGUUGUGCAGUGUCUUGAUUUCCUCGGAGGUCUAUCUUUUCAGCCAUAUUAAAGGGAAAAAACACCAGCAGGCUGUGAGGGAGAAUAGCAGCAUCCAAGGACGGGAGCUUUCAGAUGAAGAAGUGGAGCACCUGUCAUUAAAGAAAUACAUUGUGGAUAUCAUAGUUGAAAGCUCGGUCCCCACAGAGCCCUCAAAAGAUGGUGAGGAGCGCCAGAAAACGAAAAAGAAAGCCAAGAAACUGAAGGCACGAAUGAGUUCAAGGGCCAAGGAGUAUGAGAGCAUCGUGGAAGCCAAAAGCACCUCCUGUGACUCCCCAUACAAAGCAAAGCUGCAGCGAUUGGUAAAGGACCUUCUGAAGCAGCUUCAGAUUCAAGACGGCAGCAAAGUUUCUGCUCUGGAUAGGAUUUUAGGAGAGAUUUCACGCAUACUGGAAAAAGAGAAUGCUGCGGAUCAGGUGGCCUUUCACGCAGCAGGGGGAUUUACGGCCCUGGAGCAGAUCCUUCAAGUGGCAAUUGCUUCCACCAACCUGAAUGCCGUUUCCCGAAUUCCUCUGAAGUCACUCUGCAGCACGAUAAACGCCUACCACCUGGCCUGCAGCAACUGUGCGGAAAACUGCGCCUACAUUUUGUUCAGCAACAGGAUCACUUUCUUGAUGGAUCUGUUGAUGCACCAGUUAAUGGUUUAUGUUCCGGAUGACCUCAAUGCCACUUUGGGGAGGACGGCCAACAGGCAAGCGUUCGAAGGCCUGACACCGGGCGUUCUGAGAAUCACAGCCGUGGUGUUUGAAAGUCUGAUCUCCAGCGUGCCUUAUGGGAACCACCAGACCUGCGGCCCAAAACUGAUUCAGGAAACGAAAAACAAGACGUCGCCCGUCGAAGCCUUUAACACUAGGAUACAGGACCUCAUCAGCUACGUCGUGAAUAUUGGGCUGAUCGAAAAGCUGAGCUCCUGCUUCCUGUCUGUCCAGGGCCCGAUUGACGAAAACCCCAAAAUAGCAACUUUCUUGCAGAACGCCACGGCAGCCUUGCAGGGGUUGUGCCAGCUGUGUUUCGCUGUCAACGGAAGGUCUUGGAGCAUAUUCGAUAACUCCCGCCAGGACCCCACGGGAUUCGCGGCAGCUCUCGAGGCCACGGACCUGGUUGGGGUCUUGCACAUGCUCUACUGCAUUCUCUUCCACGGCACCAUCGCGGACGCCGGCGCAGCAAGCCCAAAAGAGAGUUAUUCGGAGAACACCGCCCAAGUGGCUCUUCACAGCUUGCGCCUCUUUAAUAGUUUUGCAGUUCUCGAUCUGCCAGCUUUCCAGUCGAUUGUGGGCGCUGAAGGACUGUCGCUUGCUUUCCGCCAUAUCGUGAGCUCUCUGUUGUGGCAUUGUUCCCAGCACACCUGUGAAGGACUGCUCCACGAAGUCAUCGUUUGUGUGGGGUACUUCACCGUGAACCACCCGGAUAAUCAGGUGAUUGUCCAAUCUGGCCGCCACCCCACCGUCCUUCAGAAGCUCUGUCAGCUGCCCUUCCAGUAUUUCAGCGACCCUCGCUUGAUCAAAGUCCUCUUUCCGACGCUCAUAGCGGCUUGCUACAACAACCCGCAGAACAAGAUUAUCCUGGAGCAGGAGAUGAGCUGCGUUUUGCUCGCCACGUUCAUUCAGGAUUUCACACAGAAUUCCAGCCAAACCGACAACCAGCCUUCUCAACAAAGGGAAAAGAUCUUCAGCUCCCAAGAUUAUCUCGAGCUCACCAACCGGUUCCCUCGGCAGACGUGGGAAGAAGCUCGGCAGUUUUUCUUGAAGAAAGAGAAAAAAUAAGUG